GUUUUGCAUAGUCUUCGUUACGUUUUUUUUUUCAAGCAAAUAAAUGAUCGUGGAAAAUAGCUAGCGGUUAAUUAAUCAUCAUGUAUAAACAUGCACACUAUAUUUAUGUGUGUGUUACUUGCCACGAUCUUCACAGCUUAUAUAUAUGAUUCAAAAAUCAUAUAUUAUGGAAGUCGAUCUGAGUUGGAUUGAAAUUUGAUGGUCUGAUCUGUUCUGAACUAGUCUGGUCAGAUUCGGUAAAUGUCUGAUCUCUGUGUAUUUUAUAACUAUAGAAGUCUGUUCUGGUUUGGUCUGUUUAAGUCUCAUCUGUCUGAACUGGUCUGAUCUGAUAAAUAUAUAAUCUCUGUGUAUUUUAUAACUAUGAAAUUCUGGCCUGGACUGAUCUGAUGGCAUAGUGGAUGUGUUAUUGAAAAAAGUCAAGUAAGAACAUGGGGAUUGAAGCGGCAUUUGCCCAUAAUAUACUCCUUUUGUAAUUUGAAUGUGUAGUCAUAGUGUGUAUAUAUAUAACAUGGAAGUGUGCAUUUGCCCAUGACGAUUUGACACGGUCGAUCACAGGAUAGUUCCAAAAUCAUUUUGAGCAUAGAAUCAUAGCAUGGAAGUGAUGUACUGUGUCACUCUUGUGUGCAUGUUUGUGCUCUUCCUCUUUCUCUCCCUAUACUUACUUUUGGGUAAUAAGAAAGAUUCGUCCGGCGACCCUCUGCCGCCGGGAAGGAGCGGAUGGCCGUUCAUCGGCGAGACCUUCGAGUUUUUGUCAACGGGGUGGAAGGGCCACCCUGAGAAGUUCAUUUUCGACAGAAUGGAGAAGUACUCAUCCGCCGUCUUCCGGACACACCUUAUGGGCGAGAAGGCCGCCGUCUUCUGCGGAGCCAACGGCAACAAGUUUUUGUUCUCAAACGAGAACAAGCUCAUGCAGGCAUGGUGGCCUGAUUCGGUGAACAAGAUCUUCCCAUCCACAAGCCAGACCUCUUUGAAAGAGGAAUCACUGAAAAUGAGGAAGAUGCUCCCCACUUUCUUCAAACCGGAAGCGCUCCAACGGUACGUCGGAAUCAUGGACGACCUCGCCCGCCGCCACUUCGCCGACGGCUGGGAAAGCAAGAAUCAAGUCCACGUCCUCCCCCUCGCCAAGCGAUUCACCUUCUCGCUGGCCUGCCGGAUCUUCAUCGGCGUGGAGGACCCGGUCCAGGUCGCCCAGUUCUCCGAGCCCUUCGACGUCAUCGCGACCGGCGUCUUCUCCGUCCCCAUAGAUCUCCCCUGGACGCCGUUCCGGCGGGCGAUACAGGCGUCGGAGCUCAUAAGGAAGGAGCUGCUGGCGGCGGUCAUAAAGCAGAGGAAGAGAGAGCUGGCGGAGGGGACGGCGACGGCGAGCCAAGACAUUCUGUCGCACAUGCUGGUGACGAGCAACGAGGACGGGACGUUCAUGGCGGAGUGGGAUAUCGCCGACAAGAUUUUGGGGCUUCUCAUCGGCGGCCAUGACACUGCGAGCUCUGCUUGCGCCUUCGUCGUUAAAUAUUUGGCUGAGCUUCCUCACGUCUACCAACGUGUCUAUACAGAGCAAAUGGAGAUCGUGAAGUCGAAGAGAGGAGAAUUAUUGAACUGGGAAGACAUUCAGAAUAUGAAAUACUCAUGGAAUGUGGCAUGUGAAGUUUUGAGGCUUGCCCCACCCCUCCAGGGUUCUUUCCGUGAAGCCUUGACAGAUUUCACCUUCAAGGGCUUCCGCAUUCCCAAAGGAUGGAAGUUGUAUUGGAGCGUAAAUUCGACACAUAAGAAUCCAGAAGUGUUCAAAGAACCAGAAAAAUUUGACCCGACAAGGUUCGAAGGGAGUGGGCCAGCUCCAUACACAUACUUGCCAUUUGGGGGUGGGCCGAGGAUGUGUCCUGGAAAAGAGUACGCGCGGCUAGAGAUAUUGGUGUUCAUGCACAACCUCGUGAAGCGCUUCAAGUGGGAACAAAUUAUUCCACAAGAAAAGAUUGUGUUCGAUCCCAUGCCUCGGCCUGCUAUGGACCUCCCCAUUCGCCUCUAUCCUCACAACCAUUAAUCCCCCCCUCAUAUUAUUUGGGUCACUUUUUUGGAUUAUUUCAAAUUACUUCUUUCACUAUAUUUUUCAAAAUUAUCAUAAAAACGUCAAUUUGCACCUCUAAAAAGUAUAUGGUGUAAAGAAAGUAAAAUCCGUCCAAAACUUACUUUUUUUAUACCAACAUAAUUUUAAAAAAUUACGUGAAACUCAUGCUAGAGAUAGUAUGAAAGGGAGGGGUCGUAUGCUUUCAACUUAGAUAACGGCUCAUUCUAGUACAACAGGGCCACUAAUAUGUACUUUGAAUCGAAUGAGAAGAGUUCUUGAUGUAAAAAUUUAAAAUAAAUCCCAAUCGUUAAUUUACUUCAAAGCUUCACUACUUUCGAUAACAUUGAAAUUUAAGAGCAUUUCAAUAUUCAUCUCCUUUAACUUAAGUUGGUAACCACUUUCAUUCCAUUUGGAAUUAAUGUUUCAAUAACAUUUAAUGAUUUGAGAUAUAUUUGAAGUAAAAUUAUUACCUUAUUAUCCUCCUCCUUCAUUUUAAAAUUCAUAAGAAUAAUCCUUAAUUUCUGGGAUUCUAUAAUAAUAAUUCAUAUUGGGAGUACUCAUAAAAAUAAUCUGCAAUAGCAAUUGUAUCUACAAGAAUAAACUAGAGUAAAUUUAAAAUAAUUCCUGCUUAAUACUCUCAAGCUCUACACCACUUCAUCACUCUUCGUCUCGUGUAAUGUACACUUCUAUCUUCCAACAAGCAUUAUUGGUUUGAAUUUAUCUCAAUUUAU